AUGUCCAGAGCUUUUACAAUAUUUUGAGCAAUUUUUUGGCUAUGAACCAUCUUGUUUUCGGUGGAAGCUAGAAAGAAGCCUAGGAAGGAAAAUACAGGCAAUACGCUGAAAUGAUUGGAUUCAAUGAAUCAUUUAGGAAAAUACGGCUAUUCUGAACCUAAAGAUGUUGGAUCAGACUCAAGCUUUUGUAUUGAGCAUUCGCAUAAUACUUGAUGUAAUAACACAAAUACAGAGUUUAUUAGGAGUAAAGUGGGUGUGAUGAGAGUUAACAAUCGAGACAUGACUCAAAAAUGUGCUGAAGUUUCCACCAAAAACUUCUGAUCUCUUUGUGACGGAGGGAUUAGCACUGGACUUAUUAAAGGACUAUGCCCUCAUCAGUGAGAGGAGUGGUACCAAGCUUGUAGAGAAGACUUUUUUACAGGAGAUAAAAGAGCAAAUGAUCUUGGUGCUGGAGAGAUAUCAUUUUGAAGCAAAAAUUCCUUAAUUUGCUCAAAACUCGAGGAAAUUUAUGAAGAUUCAGUUGAUUUUUGAACUCAAAUGGGACUUCAAGUUAAUAAAGAGAAUGCUCAAUGUUACGAUGGAAUUCCUUGGUUUGAGAAAUUUGGAAAAGCUAAGAAGAUCAAGAAGCCAAAAUCAAAGUCUAAAAAGAGAAAUAGCAAGAAUGAUUCAUACUAUGGAAGGGUACAGAACUAUUUCAACAGGCUUUCUCUAGAAUAUCCAAUCCUUUUCUUGUUGGCCUACACAACUCUCCUUCUCAUAGUUCCCUUCUGUAUUGGGUAUUUUAUUUACUGAAAAUUUUUUAUUCCAAAGGGGAGCUCCUACAUGGAUGAGGAUUUGAAAGAGAAGAGAAGGAAAAUCUUAGAGAAAAGAGCUAAGAAAGCCAAUAAGCAGAAAUAAACAAGUGUAAAGCUCACCUUCUAGUUCAAUUAUUUU